AAGAAGAGUUCUGUAAUUAGAAAAGAAGAAAAGAAAAAAAGAAAGAAAAAGGAAGCUCCAAAGGAAGAUCAGUUCAUCUCAAACCCCAAGCAUUGAAAGCAUUAAACAAACACACCUCUCUCUCUCUCUCUCGAACUCACACAGACUAUACCCACACCGAUAUUUCCCUAUAAUCUUCGUCCACUCUCAACAGCGAAGAGAAAAAAAAGUGCCCUAAAUAGAAAUCGGAGCAACCAAUUGUAUCAAAAAACGUAAAAAAGGGGUUUAUUUUUCACACCCAAAGCUUCAGUCUUUGUGCAGAUUUUAAUGAAGUAGGGAUUUCUGCAAUGCACCGUGUAGCAAGUGCAGGCAACACAUCCAAUUCGGUUCGGCCUAGAAAGGAGAAGAGGUUGACAUAUGUUUUGAAUGAUGCAGAUGACACUAAGCAUUGUGCAGGUGUAAAUUGUUUGGCUGUAUUGAAGUCAUCAGCAGCUGACGGAUGUGACUACCUAUUUACUGGGAGUAGAGAUGGCACGUUAAAGAGAUGGGCGUUGGCUGAAGAUGGUGCCACUUGCUCUGCUACAUUUGAGUCACAUGUCGACUGGGUAAAUGAUGCAGUUCUUACAGGUAGUAACAGAUUAGUGUCAUGCUCCUCAGACACCACAGUCAAGGUGUGGGAUGGCUUAUCAGAGGGCUCUUGUAUUAAGACACUCCGUCAGCACUCUGAUUACGUCACCAGCCUAGCUUCAGCAGAAAAAAAUAGUAAUGUUAUUGCAUCUGCUGGUCUUGGUGGUGAGGUUUUCAUAUGGGAUCUUGAAGCUGCACUUGCUCCGACAUCUAAAUCAGGUGAUGCAACAGAAGAAGACUGUUCAAAUGGUGUCAAUAGUUCAGGAAGUUCAUUGCCCAUGACAAGCAUCCGUCCUAUUAGUUCGAGCAAUAACAUUUCCUUGCACACCCAGUCUCAAGCAUAUAUUCCUGUGGCUGCAAAAGGCCAUAAGGAGUCAGUAUAUGCAUUGGCAAUGAAUGAGAGCGGAUCCCUUCUUGUUUCUGGUGGAACUGAGAAGGUUGUGCGUGUUUGGGACCCAAGAACUGGUUCCAAGACCAUGAAGCUAAAAGGUCAUACAGAUAAUAUUAGGGCACUACUGAUCGAUUCUACUGGCAGGUUCUGCAUAUCUGGGUCAUCUGAUUCCAUGAUUAGACUGUGGGAUCUAGGUCAGCAGAGAUGUGUGCAUUCUUAUGCUGUGCAUAUGGAUUCUGUAUGGUCACUUGCUAGCACUCCGACAUUUAGUCAUGUUUAUAGCGGUGGAAGAGACCUCUCUUUGUACUUGACAGAUUUGGCAACAAGGGAGAGUGUAUUGCUCUGCACGAAGGAACACCCUAUUUCGCAGUUAGCAUUGCAUGAUGACGGCAUUUGGGUGGCCACAACUGAUUCAUCUGUACAUAGGUGGCCUGCAGAAGUGCGUAAUCCCCAGAAAGUUUUUCAAA